AUGGUACAGUUCGACCUGAAAAGUGCCUAUCACCAUAUUGCUAUUCACGAGGACCACAAGAAGUACCUCGGGUUCAUGUGGCAGGAUCAGCACUAUUGUUUUGCGGCUCUUCCUUUUGGCUUGGCCACGGCACCGCAUGUAUUCACCAAGGUCACUAGGCCGCUUAUUACCCACUGGAGGAAGCGCGGCUUUAGGGCGUUUGAUGACGGGACAGCGGCAGCGUCAUCCACCGAAGAGGCAGACCAUAUGGCGAAGGAGAUGCAGCAAGACCUGAGAGCUUCUGGUUUUAUCGUGAAUGUGAAAAAAUCUCGGUGGGUGCCCAGUCAGGUGCUCGAAGUACUGGGGUGUGAGGUGGACAUGAAAAUUGCUGUUUUCCGCGUGCCGAAAGAAAAAGCGGAACGUGUCUGUAAUAUGGCUGUUGGCCUCCUGCGCUCAAAGAGGUCAGUUAAGGCAAGGUCGCUUGCGUCAUUUGCAGGUUUUGUGCAAUCCCUCCGCCUGGCUAUCGGGCCAUCCACGAGUUUGUGGACGAGGUCAAUGUACAGUGCGCUUGCAGAAAUUCGCAGCUUUGAGCAUCACCUUCAUUUGUCUUCGGCGGUUACCCGGGAGCUGGCCUUCUGGAACAAUUUUUUCGGCAAACCUGUGGUUGAGUUUCCGAUGUUCCCUGUUGAACCUCGCAUCCAGGUUUUCACGUAUUCCGAUGCCAGCAAUGUCGCAUGGGGCGGAUACGUGCACAGCUCACCGAUCAAGAUAGCACACGGCAAUUUUGUUGCGGAACACCAGGGACCUAUGGCGACUAGCUCCACAUGGCGAGAAGUUAAUGCGAUGAAGUGCGUGCUCAGUUCUCUAGUGUCGUCAUUGUCCAACCGGGUAGUGUUACACCGAUCCGAUAAUCAAAAUGUGGUGCGUGUGGUCAAAAACGGUAGCCGUGUUCCGGCCAUCCACGAAGAAGUCAUCCAGCUUACGGAGCUGUGCCAACGCCAUUGUAUCCACCUUGCUGUGGACUGGGUACCUCGGGAUGACAACACCGUGGCUGACAGAAUAUCCAAGGCCCAAGAUGCGUCAGAUUUCCAGCUCAACCCGACAGUGUUCCGAGCAUUAGACGAGAGCUGGGGCCCGCACAGUAUUGAUUGUUUCGCAAGUGUGCUGUCGGCACAACUGCCGCGCUACUGCUCUCGGUUUUUCAACCCAGGCUGCACGGCUGUCAAUGCCUUCACCUUAGACUGGAAGGACGAGGAUUGUUGGCUGUUCCCUCCUGUUCAGCUAAUCGGUUGUGUAUUGCGGUAUGCAAAGGCAUGUGCUCAGCAUGCUAGCUUGCUGGUACCGAACUGGCCCGCCCAACCUUGGUGGCACUUGCUGUUUUAUGACAUCGCAGGAAGCUGCCGGCAGAACAUAGUAGAGUGGGUGGAAAUCCCUUUGUACCCCGGACUGUUCAUUGCUAGAGGGUCAGGUCCAGUACUAUUCACCGAUGGCCCGUUCACCUCGUCCAUGGUUGCCGUUCGACUGUGUUUCCGUGAAGAGUGCGCUGCCCAUGCUCACAAACCCAUUGCAUUGGAUGGUCUCGCUAUGUGA